CCAGGUUUUUUCCCAACUCCAAUCCACUCUUCCCCUCCUUUUUCUCCACUCCCCUCUGCUGUCCCCACCCCAGAUUCCCGUGCAAUUUUCCCCAAUCCCAAACACUUAAUUGAGCAAUUGGGAUUCCUCACGUGUGGGCUGAUUUGUAGUUUGAACACGUGGCUCAUUCAAAAAAGCCGGAAUAGCAGAGGAUUUUUUUCUCCCCUCUUCUUCUUCUUCUUAUUCUAGGCUCUAGACUUAGAGGCGGGCGCCAGCCUUACCGUGUGUGACAUUCUCUGUCUCUUUGCCAAAGGGUUUGGAGGAAGACAUAAAGUAGUUUCUCCUCCUUUUCACCCAGCCCGCCAUCGUUUGGAGACACGAGAUUAAUAAUUGAGCAUUUAUUUAUUGCGCGAUAGAGACAGAGGGGCGAGGGAGAGCGAACGCACUGUGGGGCUGCCAGUUUAAAUCUAUCUGUGGCUUGAACGACCGGGAAGCACGCCACAGCCACUCCGUAGUAGUAAAGGCGAUUUAGGCUACUCCAAACACUGCACAUCCGUGAGAGCAAAUAACUAUCUCUCUCCCUCAGCGUGAAGAUUGUCCCUUUUCGGCGCAGAACAUGAAUAAGCUAUACAUUGGCAACGUGAGCGCUGAGGCGAGCGAGGAGGACUUCGAAACUAUCUUUGAGCAGUGGAAGAUUCCGCACAGUGGUCCAUUUCUUGUCAAAACUGGCUAUGCUUUUGUGGAUUGCCCGGACGAGAAGGCUGCGAUGAAGGCCAUCGAUGUUCUUUCAGGUAAAGUUGAACUGCAUGGGAAAGUUCUCGAAGUGGAGCACUCUGUCCCUAAACGUCAAAGGAGCUGUAAGCUGCAGAUCAGGAACAUCCCGCCUCACAUGCAGUGGGAGGUUUUGGAUGGUAUGCUUGCUCAAUAUGGUGCAGUAGAGAGCUGUGAACAAGUAAACACUGACACAGAGACUGCUGUAGUCAAUGUUCGAUAUGCAGCCAAGGACCAGGCCAGGCUGGCGAUGGAGAAACUGAAUGGAUAUAUGAUGGAAAACUAUGCCUUGAAAGUGUCCUAUAUCCCAGAUGAGACUGCUGCCCCAGAGGGUCCUUCAGCGGGGGGCAGGAGAGGCUUUAACGCCCGUGGACCCCCUCGGUCUGGCUCUCCAGGUCUGGGCGCCCGGCCCAAAGUGCAGUCGGACAUCCCACUGCGUAUGCUGGUUCCCACACAGUUUGUAGGGGCGAUUAUCGGCAAGGAAGGCGCCACUAUCCGCAACAUCACCAAACAGACCCACUCAAAGAUUGACAUCCAUAGGAAAGAGAAUGCAGGUGCAGCAGAGAAGCCGAUCACAAUUCACUCCACCCCAGAAGGUUGUUCGAACGCUUGUACAACAAUCAUGGAGAUAAUGCAGAAGGAAGCCGUUGACACAAAGUUUACUGAGGAGAUCCCACUGAAGAUACUUGCACACAACAACUUUGUUGGAAGAUUAAUUGGGAAGGAAGGACGCAACCUGAAGAAAAUUGAGCAGGAUACGGGGACCAAGAUCACAAUCUCACCUCUCCAGGACUUGACCCUGUACAACCCAGAGCGGACCAUCACAGUGAAGGGCUCCAUCGAGGCAUGCUCAAGAGCUGAGGAGGAGGUGAUGAAGAAGGUCAGGGAAUCGUAUGAGAGUGACAUGGCUGCUAUGAACCUCCAGUCCAACCUGAUUCCGGGCUUGAAUCUGAAUGCUUUGGGUUUGUUCCCCAGUGGAGCACCAGGGAUGGGUCCUUCAAUGUCCAGUGUCCCACCUCCCGGAGCCCACGGCGGAUGUUCAUCAUUUGGACAGGGACACCCAGAGUCGGAGACGGUUCACCUCUUCAUCCCAGCGCUUGCAGUGGGAGCUAUCAUUGGAAAACAGGGUCAACACAUCAAACAGCUGUCGCACUUUGCCGGAGCCUCAAUCAAGAUUGCCCCUGCAGAAGGCAUGGAUGCCAAACAGAGGAUGGUCAUCAUUGUUGGACCGCCAGAGGCUCAAUUUAAGGCUCAGUGUCGCAUCUUUGGCAAGCUGAAGGAAGAGAAUUUCUUUGGACCCAAGGAAGAGGUGAAACUGGAAGCUCACAUCAAGGUUCCCUCCUUUGCUGCUGGACGAGUCAUCGGGAAGGGUGGAAAAACGGUAAACGAGCUACAGAACCUGACCUGUGCAGAAGUAGUGGUGCCCAGGGACCAGACGCCUGAUGAGAAUGACCAGGUUAUAGUUAAAAUCAGCGGACACUUCUUUGCAUGCCAGCUGGCCCAGAGGAAGAUUCAGGAGAUCCUGGCCCAGGUGAGAAGGCAGCAGCAGCCUAAGCCCACAUCUGGAGCUCAACCUCCAGUGCCCCGCAGGAAGUAAGGAUCCAGCGGACCUGGAGGAACGGUGACUGAAUCUGCCAGAAGACUCGACAGAUGGGCAGAUGCAGCGGAGUCUAGGGGGAGAAGAAGCAGACAAGGGGUUGCAAUGCUCGUCUCAGGGGUCAAUGGUUAUCAACCCAACCAAACAUCCACCCCUCGUCUUACUUGAUGAACUUUCAAGUGGACCAUAUGCCUGUAAACCUCCACCCACCUCACCUCUCUGCAUCUCUGAGAAUGUACUUCUGAGGGCUCCCAACAUCGUCACCUGCCCUCACAUGUACACACCCCUCGACCCCCCCCCCCCCCCC